AUGUUCUCUCAAGAAGAAUUUAUUGGUGCUGUAUCCAAAUAUAAGCAUGGUUCAAGUUUUUGGGGUGAUCAAAUUGUAUUUUAUCUAAAUAUAGAUUUCGCAUUGAAAAAUAUACAUCAAAAUGAAGAUCCUUCUUCUUCAAUUUCAACUUCGGAUGGUCUUUUUGAUAUAACAUCGGCACCUGAAGAACUUAUCGAGAUAUUGCCUAAUAUUCAUCAAAGGUUUUGUAAUUGUUCUAAUGUUAAUAAUUGUAUGAAAUUCUAUCAACGAUUUAGAAACAAGCAACAAAUCGUUUACCAUUCUUUAGAAUAUACAAAGAAACAAUCAUCUGUUUCUUAUUUUAUCAAAUAUGGUUCAUUAUUUGGUAUUGUUAUCGUAUUUAUGUCCUGUAAUGAUAAGCAAUAUGCAGUUGUUAAACGACAUCCGAUUAAAAAACGAUUUUCUGAUUUUUUUUAA